AUGGAUGGCGCUUCGUUAUGUGUGACCGUAUUGAUGCCCGUGGCAAACAUCGUACAUGAAUAUUUGAAGGACAUCAGAACACUGAAGAAGUUGUUGAAGAAUGACAGCGAUGGCGCUCGAUUUGUUGGCGGCCUGAAAAAGGUACUGGAUGGGGCCAAGGGACAGCAGCUCCGAGAGGAUGUGAGCGACUUGCAAAAGGACCUGUAUCUUCGCCUUGAGACCACCUGUACGCAGUUAUACCAGCAGAUAGCAACAAUGCGAGAAAGCUUUCGGAAUGGGCCGUGUGAUUUACUUAAUCCUAAGUACCAUCGUGAUUUGAAGAAAUUGCAAAAGUCGAAUGCCGCUUUUCAGUCUGCUGUCAACAAUGUCAUGCAGUCUAACAAUCUUCUAUCGUUCAUGCAGCAGAUCCGGGAGAAAGACGACAUGCUCAAACUUAUCAAACAGUUGAACGAAGCCCUUUCCCUUCAUUCACGCCAGGUUCAGGAUAAUGUCGAAUCGAAUAGAUCCAGACGUCAUCAAGCCGAUGCCAAUAGAUCGCACCGUUAUCGAGUCCAAAAGACCCCGGCACCCCGGUCUCGCAGAAGCUCAUACGGGGCUUGUACAGCUCUUGAAAGGCGUAUCGGUAACCGACAGGCCAAUAGAAGUUGCUGUAACUGCGGGUUCUAUGGACAUUGGGAGAACAAAUGCAUUAAAAGAUGUGAUAUAUGCAACGGGACUUCUCACACAGCGACCUACUGCUGGCAACGAUUUGUGUAUUAA